CCGAAGAAAGGCUAGUACUGGGUUUCCUGUGCAUCCCGUGGAAAAGAACGCAUGUCCAAGUGUAGCAAGACGGGCUCUUACCAAAUCACAAGCCUUACCAAACCACAAACCUUUCCAAAUUAACAGCUCCCUUUCCCCUGGAAACCUGCGUAAGGAGGUUCCCGCCCACUUCCGCCCUUUGCAGUCAGACCGACGGCCUUAGUCCCAAAGCUCCCACGUGAACGCGCCCAGAAAAAUCAGAUACCAGAGAUACCAGAGGCACAGGGCUUGGUUUUUGAUCAGCUGGUGGGCAAAGGCCUCCUUGGAAGAUAACACUCCCCUCGUGAGGGCAAAGCGAAGCGCCGGGAGAGGCCUGCGGGGUGGGGCCUGAGCUGUGCCCGCCCCACGCGCGCGCGCUUGCGUCACUAAGCUGCGUCCAGGUUCUCGGCGGCUGCUCUGGUGCGGGCGGAGGUGCUGCCGAAGGCUGUCCCGAGGUAGACUCCUCUUGGCUCUCCCGAGGAGGAGGCGGCGCCCACUGCAGUCCCGGAUGCACGAACUUCCCGCGGGACGUCGCCGGAGGCGGUGGCCGUGUGCGCGCAGGAGCGAGCUGCCCGCGUGCGGGUGUGAGCCGGCCCCCGGGUCGCGUCCCGGAGGGAGCCGCGUCGCCCGCCGGCCUGCGGCUGCUCGAAGGUAGCUACUUCCUGUAAGCGAGCUCGGGAGCUGAGCUGCGAGCAGUCUUGGCCGUGUUGGACGGAGACGGGCCCCAGGGGCGACUUUCUUUUUCGCGUUGUUCCGAGGUGGACGCAGCUUCCCUUAGUGAGCCGCAGUGAGGAAGUCCAUGGGUGGAACUACUCUGCCAUGGUUAAAUACUUUAAAUGGGAAUAAAGGAUAGCAUUUCCAAGAAAAUGAGAAUGAAUAAGUCGUCUCUAUUUUUUAAAAGAAAGACCACAUUAAGCUCACAUAUUUGAAGACUGUAUCAUCCUGUCUCCAGUACAAGCAGUUUUUCUCUGUUCUGUGAUCAAUGUCACUCACAGGAACUUAAGUAACAAACGAAAUGAGCCUGGGGCGUGGAAAAUAUGACUUUUAUAUUGGUCUGGGGUUAGCUAUGACCUCCAGCAUUUUCAUUGGAGGGAGUUUCAUUUUGAAGAAAAAAGGCCUUCUGCGACUUGCCAGAAAAGGUUCCAUGAGAGCAGGUCAAGGUGGCCAUGCAUAUCUUAAAGAAUGGUUGUGGUGGGCUGGACUGCUGUCAAUGGGAGCUGGUGAAGUGGCCAACUUUGCUGCAUAUGCAUUUGCUCCGGCCACGCUAGUGACCCCACUAGGCGCACUCAGUGUCCUCGUAAGUGCCAUUCUGUCUUCAUAUUUCCUAAAUGAAAGACUUAAUCUUCAUGGGAAAAUUGGGUGUUUGCUAAGUAUCCUAGGGUCUACAGUUAUGGUCAUUCAUGCUCCAAAGGAAGAGGAGAUUGAGACCUUAAAUGAAAUGUCACAUAAGUUAGGUGACCCAGGUUUCGUGGUUUUUGCGACAUUUGUGGUCAUUGUUGCCUUGAUAUUCAUCUUUAUAGUGGGACCUCGACACGGACAGACGAACAUUCUUGUCUAUAUAACAAUCUGCUCUGUGAUUGGAGCGUUUUCAGUCUCCUGUGUGAAGGGUUUAGGCAUCACCAUCAAAGAGUUGUUGGCUGGAAAGCCUGUUCUGCGGCACCCCCUUGCCUGGAUUUUGCUGCUUAGCCUUGUGGUCUGUGUGAGCACACAGAUUAAUUACCUAAACCGGGCUCUGGACAUCUUCAACACUUCCAUUGUGACUCCAAUCUAUUAUGUGUUCUUUACAACUUCAGUUUUGACUUGUUCAGCUAUUCUUUUUAAAGAAUGGCAAGAUAUGCCUGUUGAUGAUGUCAUUGGGACUUUGAGUGGCUUCUUCACAAUCAUUGUGGGGAUAUUUUUGUUGCAUGCUUUUAAAGAUGUCAACUUUAGUCUAGCAAGUCUGCCUGUAUCUCUUCGAAAAGAUGAAAAGGCAGUGAAUGGCAAUCUCUCUAAUAUGUAUGAAGUUCUUAAUAAUAAUGAAGAAGGCUUACUCUGUGGAAUUGAGCAUAAUGGUGAAAAUAUCUCCCGUAGAAAUGGAAAUCUGACAUCUUUUUAAGGCUAUGAUUGAAAAGCUAACCUAUAAUUCUGUUAUAAAGUGAUUUAAAAUGAGUAUCAGAAUGUAUCUGAAAAAAACUGUCCUCAAAUAAUGUCCUCUAAAGACAAUCUUUUUUAAGUUUCCACUAAUUUGGAUCAAGAAAUUACUUUUCUUAUAUUUAAACAAUGGUAGCUCACUAAAAUGACCUCAGUACAUGGCUAAUUUCUAAUAACAUUGUAUUAUUAUAAAGGUAUUUUUAUUCAUUCUCCAGAAAUCGAAAUGCACUAAUGACAAAUUUAAACCUAUAAAAAUGUUUUAUUUUUUUCAUUGGUGAUGAACAUUAAAAUGUAUAUUGUAAUCCCAUCCCAUCAAUCCCUCCUCAUACUAAGGCUUGUUGACUAUAAAUAUAUAUGUGUGCGUAUGAGAUUCCAAGAAAAUAAUUCUCAGGUGGUGUUUUGUACCCAAACAUCUGGUUUCCCACUCAAACUUGAUGGCCUCCUUUUUGGAAAACACCACUGUGCUGUAGUCAGUACUUGCUAUGUCCAUAGUGACUAGAGCUCUGCAUCAUCUAGCGUGAGCUCUUGGACCCUUCCAGUGUAUGUUUAUAGUGGGUUAGUUGUUAUUCAGCCUUUAACAACUCUGGGAUGUCAAGACAACUUCUGUGGUUUGUUUAGAAACUUGGCUUGAAUGAAAUGACAUUAGAACAAAGUCCUGAUUCUGAUUCCAAAUGCUUAAAUUUAAAAUGUUUGUAAAAUGCGGUCUCUGAACCAAGAGGUUUAUUUUGCUUAAGAGUUUGAACCUUACACAUUUGGUUUUUUAGAAACUGUGAAAAGUGUUUAUAAAAAAAUGCAAAUAGUACAAAUGCAAAAAGUACAAAAAGCAAGGCCAGUGUAAGGAGUACUCUCCAGCUUCAGACCUGCCUACUUCCGAGUCAUGUGUUGGUCUAAAAAAAAAAAAAAUCACUCUCCAUCUGACCAGCAAAUGACAGAACUGAGGUUUGGGCCUAUACCUAUUUCCUGUUCCUUCCUAUGAUUGCAUAGUGACUUUGUACUGGUUUUGUGGGGGAAAAUUUUUUUUUUGGGGUAGCUUUAUUAUCACCACUCUAAAGAGCCCUUACCUUUUUUUUCUCUGACUGCCUCUUUCUGUGUAACUCCUUUUUGGCCAAAUACUGAGCUACAUUUCCAACCUUCUUAUAUAACUUAAAUGCCAGAGAUAAUAGGACCUCUCCCACCCCCAGAUAUAUUGUAUCUGUUUUAUGUACUGUUAUCUAUCUUAUUUUGCACAUAAAAAGCCAAUGUUCAUUCCCUUGGGGAUGAAACAUUUCCUCUUUGAGAAUGUGGGUGUGUACGUACAACACUUUAUAUAUAUAUAUAAUCUUGUAGGUAAACAUUUUAUUUGGCCUAUCAAUUGGUAAUACAGUUAUUGACUUUUAAAAUCUACACUUCAUAGGUUCAGUACAGAUGCCAUUAUGACUGACUAUUCAUAUCAACAAAAAUAUUUUAGGUAACUUUUUGAUAAAUAGGCUUGUUAAAGAUGUAAUUCAGGUUUACAGUACAGCAGAAUAGUACUUGUGUUUUAUUUUCUGUGUAAAAUAAAGCUCAAAGCUUUUAGACUUUGUUUCCCA